GGCAGAGAAGGGACAGACUUUUAUCAGGUCCGAGCACAUCUAGCCAUGCUGGAAAAGAACCACAAACUGGCUGAAAUGAUCUUUUUGGAACAGAACGCUAUGGAGGAGGCCAUGGGCGUGUACCAGGAGCUACACCGUUCGGAUGAAUGUAUUGUUGUGGCUGAAGCCAAGGGGCACCCAGCCCUGGAGAAUCUAUGCCGGAGUUAUUACCAGUGGCUGAUGGACACACAGCAGGAGGAGCGAGCAGGUGAACUACAGGAGAGCCAAGGGGACAGGCUAGUAGCCAUCAGCCUCUACCUCAAAGCUGGGCUCCCUGCCAAAGCUGCUUGGCUGGUGCUGUCCCGAGAGGAACUGCUAGCCAGCACAGAGCUGGUAGAACACAUCACUGCAGCCCUUAUCAAGGGGGAACUCUACGAAAGGGCAGGUGAUCUCUUUGAGAAGAUUUAAAAUCCACAGCAGGCCUUGAAGUGCUACCGUAAAGGGAAUGCGUUCAUGAAAGGUGUUCCAUUAAGGCAAGUGAGGCCGCCCUGGGUGCCCGUCAGUGGAAGAAGGCAAUUUAUAUAUUAAAUCUACAGGACCGGAACACCGCGUCCAAAUACUGUCCUCCCAUGGCCCAACACGAUGCAUCUCUGCAGGAGUAUGAGCAACUUUGAAUUUGCUUUUGAACUCUCUCGGCUGGCCCUCAAGCACAAAACCCCCGAGAUCCAUCUCAAAUAUGCUAUGUACCUGGAGGAUGAGGGUAAAUUGGAAGAGGCUGAAGCUGAAUUCAUCAGAGCUGGUAAACCCAAGGAAGCAGUCCUCAUGAGGCUGGAUUAUGGAGUGACGUGCUGCGGAUCUGCAAGGACUAUGUGCCCGGCCAGCUGGAGGCUCUGCAGGAAGAGUAUGAGCGGGAAGCUACUAAGAAGGGGGCCAGGGGUGUGGAGGGACUUGUGGAACAAGCUCGACACUGGGAGCAGGCUGGAGAGUACAGCCGUGCCGUGGACUGCUAGCUCAAAGUGCGAGACUCUGGAAACAGCGGCCUGAUGGAGAGGUGCUGGAUGAAGAGCUGGAAGCAGGUGCCAGCCAAGAUAAACUCAGAGACUUCAAAGCACCAUAGAUGGAAAAAGAUCCAGAAAUUAACAGAUCCACAGUGGGAAGAAACCCUCAGGAUGGCUUGCACGGAAGCUAACCUGACGUGUGUUUCAGAACUCCCUGGGGACUGGACCCAGGACUAUAUACUCUGGUCAAUGGAGCGGAGUCUUCAACAGAUCUUCCGACACCUGGAAAGCACAAGAUCAAGGCUUAUGGAACAGGAUUUGUCUGAACCACAGGAUACAAUUUCUUCCUCUACCUCCUCUGUUCUUGUGGCUCAGAAGACUGUUCUACGCUGUUGUGACUAUAAGAAAGCAACACAUUCUACUGACCACAGCAUCUCCUUUAGAUCACCAUGCAGUAACUCCAGUCUGUGUCAUCUUCCUGUCUUUUCUGAAGGAACAACUUGGGAAUACCAGAGCCAUAGUUUACCUAUUUCCCACAAAAGGCAGUCAUCUGUAUUCAGGAACCAAGGCACAACCCUGUCUCCUUUUAAGCUAUCAGAGCCCCAGAAAUCAAAACUUUUUCAGAAUUUGACAGAUCUUUCACCCUUACAAUCUCAGAGCUCUUUCAUCAACUCUAUUUCCGAACCUCUAAAUAUCUGCAAACAAAAAAGGAAAAAAAAAGAAGAGAGAAGGAGCAAGAGUCAUUUGACAUCAGAUCAUGAGCCAAAUUCUGUUUCCAAGGAGAGACCACAACUUCCAAGGUGGGCUCCGUUCAAGCUCUCUCCUUCGGUCAGACGGGAGCUAGAAGGACAUAUGUCUGAGAAGGUUUUCGCUUUGCAGCAGCAAACAGUACCUUUACCUGUGAGGAAAUCAUGGGCAAUGCUCAAUUAUUUAACUGAAGUACAAAGAGGAGUUGCUGAAUCAAAUAAACUCCAAACUCGGUUAUCUAUGCCCAAUCAUCAAAACACUGAGCAAAAUAUUAACAAAAAUUCCCCAGACCUUCCAUCAUUUCCGCUUCUUGUGAAUGCUGAAGUGGGAUCUGGAACAAAUAGCACAGAAACAAAACUUUCACAGUCACUUAUCUCAGGCAAGCAGUUACAGCCUGGGGAUGGCCCCCAAAUCCUUGGAUCCAAGCCUUUAGUUACAUCAGCGGGCACUCUACCUCCAAGAAGCUUAGGAGUUAAUGUAAUUCAAGAGGAAACUGCUUUACUGAAGAAAGAGCCAAAACACAUACUAGAGCUUAGUAUAGAGAAGAGGGUCAUAGGUUUUCCAGAAAAGAGGAUACAGCAGCACAAGACACAAGUGACUAAUGUGGAUUUGACACCAAGUCUACCAUAUCAAGUCAAGGACAGCAUAAAGGUAACUCCAUUGGCAUUACUUCGGGUCAUGGAUUCAAUGGGGAUGAUCCCAGGAUCACAUUCAGAAUCCGUGGGUUUGUUCCCACAGCUGCCAAGUCAAGUUGUGAAACCAAUGGAAACUAUGAAAACAAUGAGUAUAACCCCCAAACCACCAAAUCAAGUCAUUCAGUCGAUGGAGGCAGCCCCAAGGCCAAAGCACCAAGUUGUGGAAUCAGAGAGGAUGGCCACAAGAUUACUGAAUCAAGUCACAGAUAAUAAGAAAGUAACUCCUAUAGCACUGCUUCAAGUUAUGGAUUCUAUGGGGAUGAUUAACAAGUCACAUCCACAUAUAGAAUCAGUGGGAAUGACUCCAACACCACAUCAUCAAGCCAUAGAGUCAGUGAAGAUGAACACAUUAUUGAACUAUCAAGUCACAAAACCAGAGGAGAUGAAUCUAAGGCCACAAUGUGCAGUUAUGGAAACUGUGGAAAUGAUGCCAGGGCCACAGCAUAAAGUCAUGGAAUCAGUUGGCAUGACCUCAGGAUCACAAAGUCAAGUCAUGGAACAAGGAAAGACUAUUCCAGGGCCAAUAUGUCAAGACACAAAAUCAUCAGAAGUGAUCUCGGCACCAUUACAUGAAGUCAUGGAUUAUGUGAGAGUAACUCCAGUAGCACUAUUACAAGCCAUGGAUUCCAUGGGGAUAGUUCCACCAGCACAGCCACAUGUUACAGAAUCUAGGGGUUUGACCCCAGGUUCACAGUUGCAAGGUAGAAGAUCUGUUCAUCUGGUCUUACCACCAGAGUUUCAAGAUAUAAACACUGUGGAGCUGACACUAAGACCACCAACGGAAGACACAAAAUCUGUGGAGUUGGCCCCAAAGCCAUGGUUACAAAAUGUUAGAUCUGAGAAGAUAGCCCCAGUACUAUUGUUUGAAGAUGUGAAAACUCCCCAAAUGGUAGAAUGUAGGAGGCUAAUUCCUGAGACACAUGUGCAAGGUAUGAAAUAUGGGGAAUUGGCCCAAGGGACAGAACUUCAGGCAGUAAAAGCUGUAGAGAUGAGCCCCAAACCAAAUCACCAAGCCACAGAGCCUGAAAGAUUGACCCCAUGGCGUCAAGCCUCAGAAUCUUUAGAGAUGAUCUCAGAGCCAGGUUAUCAAGGAAAAGAAGCAAAGUUGACUUCUGACACUUGUCACCAAGUGGAAAAAUCUAUUGGGUUGACCCAACCAUCUUUAGGAACUACCCCUGGGCCACUGAGCCAAACUUUAGAAUCUGUGGAGAUGAGCUCAGUGUCAUUCCAAGACACUCUUAAGACAGUGGACCAACUUGGAAAAGCAAUGAGGGAAACUGCAUUAUCACAACACACAACAAAAGAAUCUCUGGAUUUGAUACCAGGGUCAGAGAUACAAAGUGUGAAAUCAGAGGUGUUGACCACAGAGCCACAGUCUCAUGAUAUGAAGUUUGUUCAUUGCAAUCUAGGGCCAUGUUCAGAAGUUACUGAGUUGUCAGAGACACCCUCCACGUCAGAUUAUAAAGACACAGAAACUGUGGGGUUGGCAUUGUCUCAAGUUGGUAAGACCUGGGGGGUUAUCCCAGUACCACUAGAUUCAGUAACAGGAGUUUUGGAGUUGACUCUGGGGCCAGGCAUGCAAUAUGAGAAAUCAGAGCCACUACUGCAAAAUUUGAAAUCUGCGGAGUUAACCAGUGAGUCAUCUCCAUUAGUGAUAGGAUCUAAAAAGUUGAUUACAGAACCAAAACCACAUGUUAUUGACCUGACCCCAGGGCCACAGGUCCAGGGAGGAAAGUCUAUGCAGUUGGAUCUAGAGUCACAGUUGCAAGGUGUGAAACAUGUGAAUUUAAUCCAACAGUCAACUACAGGAUUGGUAGCAUCAGAGGAGAUGAUACCCGUGCUACUGCUACAAAGUAUGCCAUUGGAGGAUUUGGCUAAGAGGGCAGAGGUCCAAGAUGUAAACUCUGUGUAUUUAAAUCUAGGCCCAUGUCAGCCAAGUGUCAAAUCUUCUGGAUUGACCCCAGGGCCACAGUUGCAAAGUGUCAGAUUUUCAAAGGUAUUUCCAGGGCCACUUCUUCAAGGAGAAAAACCUGUAGAUUUAAUCUCACGACCCCUACAUUAUGGUGUGAAAUCUGAUGAAUUGACCUCAGAUUCCCCAGUUCAGGACAUCAGAUCAUCAGAUUUUAUCCCAGAGCUAAGACCUCAAAGUGUCAAAUUUGUACAGUUGACUCCAGAACCACAACCUCAAGGUGUGAAAUCUGUGGAGUUAAAACCAGAACCAUAUCCUCAAGGUAUGAAUUCUGAGGAAUUGCAUUCACACCUCAGGCAGCAUAAUAUGAAAUCUAUGCUAUUUGUAUCAGAGUCAUGUUCUCAAGAUGUGAAAUCAGUGAAGUCAACUCUAUGGCCACAACCUCAAAGUGUAAAUUCUUUGACAUGCUUUAGGUCACAAUGCAUUAAAUCUGUGGACUUUGCACCAAAGCCAUGUUUUCAAUAUAUAAAACCUAUGGAGCUGACACCAGGGGCCCAACAGCAAGGUAUAAAUUAUCAAGAGUUGACUUCAGGAUGGCAAGAUGUGAAAUCAAUGGUGUUGGCACCAGAGCCAACUAGGAAGUUCCCAUCAGGUCCAAUGUUGACCAGUGUCAGAUUUUCAAAUUUGUCUCCAGAAUCACAGCAACAAGGUGUGAAAUCUUUGGAGUUUACUCUAGAGCCAAAGUUACAAAGUGUAAAACAUGUGAAAUUGUCUUCAGUGUCUCUGCAGCAAACUAUAAAAUCUGUGGAAUUAGCACCAGGGCCACUGCUUCAGACAGUGAAAUAUGGGGAGCAGACUCCAAGAACAAAUGAUCAAAUCAUGGCAUCCUCUGAAAUCAUCCCUAGACCGGGGCAUCAGUUUGCAAAAUAUGCAGAGAUGAUCCAACAGCCAAAGUAUCAAGUCCCUAAAUCUGCAAAUUUGAUUUCAAUACCAAUUUAUCAUGCCACAGAAUUUUCAGAAAUGGCGCAAGGAUUGGCACAUAAAGGCAGAGAUCCUAUAGAGAAAUCUGUGGGGUUGACCUCAAAGCUACCAGGCAGAGCCAUGGAAUCUUUAGGGAUGCUGCUGCAGCCAGAUCUUCAAGUACCAAAAUUUGUUGAUCUGACUCCAAUGCUAAGGAAUCAAGGCUCAAAAUUCUUAGGAUUAACUCCAGAGAAAAGCCACCAAAUCCUAGAAACUAUGGAAAUGCUCUCUCAGCCACGGCCCCAAGAUAAGGAUUUGGAGGAGUUAUAUAUAAAGCCACGGCAGCAAAUUGUGGAAUCUGAAAGGAUUACCCCAGAACUCAAGCAUUACUUUACAGAAGCUAUGGGGUUGACCACUGAGGCAAGGAUAGAAGCAAAUGAAUUCUUUGGAGUGACUCCAAAGCCAACAAGUCAAGACCCUGGAUUUGCAGAGAGAUCCCCAAGGCUCCGUUCUCAAGACUUAGAACCUGUGGAGGUGAUCUCUCAGAAAAGAUUGCAAAGGGAAGAAUCUGUGGUAUUGAUUCCAAAGUCAUUACAUCACGUCCCAGAUUCUGCUUCAGGGAUGACACCUGGGUUAGGACAUCAGGUUCCUGAAUCUGUGGAGCUGACUUCUCAGUCAGGAGUGCAGGUGGAGAAAACUUUGGAAUUAACUCCCAAACCACAUCAUCAUGUGGGAUCUUCAGCGAUAACAGUAGGGUUGGGACAUCAAGUCCCAGACUCUGUAAAUCUGAACUAUAAGCAAUGGCUGCAAAUGGAAGAAUCUUUAGAGGUGCCCAUGAAGGAAACAAGUCAAGUUAUAGGACAUGAUGAAUCUUCAGAGCUCACCUCUGAGGCAUGGCAGCACAGGGAAGUAUCAAUGGGGCUAACAAAGUCAAAGAAUCAAAGUAUGAAAUCUCCAGGGACAACCCCAGGACCAUUGGAUCAAAUUUUAGAAUUUACAAGGAUUAGUCCAGAACCACUGGAUCAAGUCACAGAAUCUGCAAGGACACAGCUUCAUGUUGCUCAGUCCGAAGAGGUAACCCUUGUAGAUGUUCCAAAAGUUGUUCAGUCUGAGAAAGGGACCCCUGGACCACGAUUUCAAGUUGUAAAGUCUGUGACAAUACCAAGGCCAACCCCUCAAGUGGUAGAAUAUAUUGAGUUGACUCCAAAACUGCAAGAUGUGAGACCUUCACACAAAGGAAAGCUAAAAUCCAUGCUCAAGCUUCCAAGAGUCCUACUUCCAUGAUAGAUUUGCAGUCUGGGUCCUCCCAGUCCCCUGCUCCUGUACAAGUCUACAUCAGGCGAAGACAAUGCAGCAGCCCUGACCUGGAAGAAAACACAAUAAUUAGAGCACCUGGACACUAUGAAUCCAUUCAGGUUCACACCCUAUCAGAGAGUGACUCUGAAAGCACUCAGAAUGAGAAACGGGCUAAAGUGAGAACCAAAAAGACCUCUGGUUCAAAAUAUCCAAUGAAGAGAAUGACCAAGGGACUUAGAAAACACAGAAAGUUCUACACAAGCAGUAGAACCACAAUAGAGAGUCCCUCUGGGGAAUUACCAGCCCAUUUAAGAAGGAAGACGAUUGGAGCAGCUCAGACAAGUACUGCCUCCUUAAAAAGACAACCGAAGAAACCUUCCCAACCCAAGUUCAUGCAACUGCUUUUUCAGGGCCUAAAGCGGGCAUUCCAAACAGCAUACAGAGUUUUAGCUUUUGUUGGGCAGAAGCCUGGUGACAGGACAAUCCCAGACAAUUUGUGGGCAAGCAAAAACUAUUAUCCAAAGCAAAAUGCCAGGGACUACUGCUUACCCAGCAAUAUCAAAAGAGACAGGAGGUCAGCUGACAAGCUAAGGUCAGCAGGCUCAA